AUGUGGGUCCUCAGCUGCGACGGUGACCACUUCGGCGGCAAACGCCUAUGGCUGCGACCAGGAACCACACACCUCCUCGGACGCACAACUGGACAAGCCGAGAAUGGGGAGCGCAUACGGCAUAUCGACCACAAGUCAGUCUCGCGGAAACACUUGACCCUGGAAGUACUCGCAAGCCCGCCCGAAGACAUCACAAACAUCUACGCCAAGUCGCAGCUGAGGCUCAAAGAUGGCAGCAAGAUCGGAACGACAAUCAACGAGGACAAGAUCAAAGGCGAGGAGAAGGACCUAAGCGGCGGGCAGAGUGAGGUGGAGUUCACGAUCAGGCUGGGCAACUAUGAACACCUUUUCCACCUGGUCUGGAAACCGGUCGUGCUGUCUUUGACUCAUCUGGGCAAGAAGUCGAGAGACGGCGCGUUGGCGACACAGCGUGAGAGGUUUCAGAAUGCUGAUGUGAAGCUUGCUGCAGAGUACAUCACGAAUGUUACUACACAUUGCAUUGCCAAGAAACGCAACACGCCCGGGAAUCUGCAAGCGCUGCUGCAAGGAAGAUGGCUUGUGACCGAAUCAUACGUGGAUGCUCUCGCUUCUGCUGUGAAGCGAAGUGGCCCAGAGUCUGAGGGCAAGCUGGAGCAGGACUUCGACUCCAACUGGCCGGACGAGAUGAUUCAUAUCGUUCCAGUGUCGUCCGAGCCCAUUGCGCGAGAGGACGAGUAUCUAAAACCAAACGCCGAACGCGCAGAGGUGUUCCAGAACCUGAUCUUUGUGUUUCUCUCGCAGGCGCAGUACGAUUCGCUGCUUUCAGUGAUCACUGCAGGUGGCGGGAAGGCUUUUCUGUUCGAGCUCGACCCAGAAACAACCAAGGUUGAGGACAUGGUAGCUUUCAUCAGCGAGAUAGCCGGUAACAAGCGGUCGGGUCAAUUCAAGCUAAGUCAGCAGCCUGGCAAAGGAGGCGUGAUUGUUGUUCGUAUUGGUGACCGGGAAAUGGCGGGCAGAGAGAUCAUGCGAGCGCUCGAUGUGGCUCUCGACCAACGCUCGAUCGAGCAGGGUGAAUUGCUGGAUGUGAUCUUGACGCUUGACACUAGUAAAAUAAAGCAGGAGGUUCCCGACGCCUCUCAGAGUUUGGCUGGACGUGAUAACGCCUCGCGUGAAGGGAGCCAAGCACCUCGGACAUCACUGCAGGCCUCUAGAAAUCAUGAACAUUCACGUGGAGGCGGCAAGGCACCAGAGGAGCCUUCACACUCUGCCCCAGUUCGCGAAACAACACAACAUCGACCAGAGCGAUCAAGAGGAGACGCCAUGGCUGGCAAUUCACAACCCACCGAUGAACAGGCCCAAGAGAACUCACGAGCAACGCUCGAAACGUCUCCCAGCGAAAGGGCUGCCACCGCAAGAAAGCGCAACAGACGGAUCAUUACGCAGUCUCGUCUUAAAGGCUUCGACGAUGAUUUCGACCCGAGCCAGUUCUCGAAGCCUGCCUCUCAGUCUCCAGACCAGUCUUUCGACCAAGCGGAGCCCAGCCAAGCUGCAGAUGUGCAAGAUAUGGAUGUCGACGAACCGUCCCAGGCCGCGCCGACGCAGCAGUCGUCUCGGAAACGACCGGCGCCCUCGUUGAAGGACGAAGAGGAGAACAUGUACGACAGAAUUUUGACAGGACACAACACCAUGAAGCGACGCAAGCUUGCAGCUGGCCACGAUGAUGCGGACACCCGUGCGCUGGCGCAAGCAGAUCGCAAGGAUGCGGAGCAGAAGGCGAAGGCCAAGAAGAAAGCAAAGGAGAUGGACGUCAUGGCUGAGAUCCAAGCCCGUCGCAAAAAAGAGGACGAAGAGCGCCGUAAGAUGGAAGAGCAGACACGGGAAGCAUUGGACGGCCUCGAUAUCGCAGCCAUGAAGAACCUUGCUGUGAUUGAGGAGAUGGACGUGCCGAUGCGUGAGCGACCCGCUCGUCGCAGUGCAGCCGACGCCAAUACCGGACAGGGCGAUCGGUGGGACCCAGCGUGGAAUGGUCGCAAGAAUUUCAAGAAGUUCCGGCCUCAGGGUCAGGGAGACGGCAAUGCGCCCAGGCUUCCGCGAGUCAUCGUCGCGCUUGAGGAGGUUCCAAAGAAGGCUCACGGCAUCGGAGAAGAGUACUGGCUCAGCAACUCAACGGCGAAGAGCAAAGGCAAGUCGAAGAGCCAGUCGCAAUCUCAAUCGCAAGUUGCAAGCCAGUCCCAGCGCAUCGAUCUGGAGGAUAAUACGGGCACCUCCCGCCGCUUCCAGCGACGACUGAAGGAGUCUCGCCGCGAGGACCAAGACAGUGUCGGUGCGAUUUUGCCCGAUGAGAUUGCUGGCCAUGCUCGGGACGAAGCUCUAGAAGAGACUGCGAAUGCGAACGAGGCUGCGAUGAACUCCACGCCCAGUCAGACUUUCGGCACGGAAAGCCAGCGCCGUGCAGCUGGUAAGAGGCCUGCGACGGAGCAGAGUGGUCCACCGGCGAAGAAGGCGAGGCAGAGUCAGCGGGCGCCGUCGACACGGCAGACGAUUACGAUUGAUGAUGACGAUGAUGAUGAUGCGUUGAAGUUCAGGCGGCGGAGGAGAGGAUGA